AUGACAAUAAUUGUACACGCGAAAGAUGUUUUGUUAAUUAAUCAGAUAAACGAGAGGAAUGUUUACCAAUUGUCCCUCGUUCUUCCGGUUAUCAAGAUGUUGGACGCAUUCAUGUCAAGGAAACAUAAUCUCUCCUCGGAUGAAUUUUGUCUGGUAUUGUUUAUGAGAGAGAAAAUCGAUGAGAAAAAUUGCAAAUCCUAUUCUAAAUCGUUGAAGUAUCUCAUCGACGAUGUUAAAGAGAUUCAGGUACCGCCAGAAUCGUUACAUUACGAGAUCGCAGAAUUAUUCAUGACCAUAGUUCGAUUUGAAUUUCCUUUGAGAAUUGCAUGCGAGGAUUUUGUAAAGCAAAGAAUGUUUUACAAAGGAAACCAUGAUUUAAGCGAAAUAAUGGUGAUUACAUAUGUCCUAAUCUUUCAAAUAUCUUCCUUGGCCAUUAAAAAUACCAUGGAUUUUUUCGUUCAUUUUAAAAUCGACAGAAUAUUGAAUUUACUAUCUUAUUUGCUUCGCAAAGAAACAUUGGAUUUGUUUUAUACGAAGAGUUGCGAUGUAUUCGAAGAAAGUUUCGUCCAAGAAAAGAUAUAUGAACCUUAUUUGAUGGCCUUACCACGUUUGAAGGCGUUGCGAAUUUAUUUGAGAGAAGAAAAGCAACGUAUGAUGGCGAUACCGAAGCAAGAAACAACGAAACCAAUUUUUAUGAAAGUUCUUAAUCAUGUGAAAAGAGCAACGAAAUGCCCACCACCGACGCCAGAAAAUCUUACGAUGAGAAAAUCACCUCGGAAGAUACCAAAUUCGAUUUACUUUUCAUCGUCCAUAGAAGAGAGAUUGAACAUUCUGCGGGAAGCCAACAAAUAUCAAGCAUUGCGUUUGUUAAGAGAAGCGAAUAAAAAUGCACCUGCGUGCUCGAGGAAACGUGAGAUUAAAUUAAUCGACGUAGAACAAGAAAUCGAGAAACAUGAUGGUUGCCCGAAAAAACGCCUACCAAUCUUCAAACCGGUCGAAAUUAAGCAAAACGCAACUUCGAUUCUUCGCGAAUGCGCACGAAUAGCCAACGAAGAACUAAAGGAAGUAUCAAAAAUACAAAAGUUGGUCGAAGGUUACUUGGAUCCGGAAUCGAUAGAAAAAUUAAACGAGGAGAGGAAACAACGUGAAAGACAAGAGGAGAUAAACAAGAUUGAAGAGAAGCAUUUGAUAGCUUUGCUAACACGAGAAGGUGCUUAUUUGGCUAAGAGAUCUUUUUUGAACGAGAACAAGACUUAUGCUCAGAAUGUUCGAGAGGAGAAAAAAGAGUUAUAUCGCAGAUUAGAGAAAUUGAGAACAGAGCAAAAGAAAGAAGCAUUGGAGAAUGUUGAAAAAUGUCGGGAGCUCGAACAAGCUUCUAGAGAUGCUUAUGAUUCUAUGAUCGACGAGAAACGUCAAAAAGCUGCCGAGGUAUCCGAAAAAUCUCGACAAUUGAAAAUGUUACUGGCUAAGCAAAAGGAGGAAGAAAUACGGAGGAAAGGUCAAUUAAUUAAAGAGAUCAAGGCUAUUCAAUCAUUAAGAUUGGCUACUAGGAAUAAGGAAUUUGAUCCUACGGAAACGAGUGGUUUAGGAUUGUUAUGUGAAAUGUCAUUAGCCGAGUUGAAGGAACGAUUAGUUUGGGUGAAAAUGAAAUUGAACGAGGAGUUGGAAAAACGUCAGAUUGUCAUUCAACGAGAACGAGAAAGGCAAAAGAAUAUAGUCAAGUAUAGUAAGAUCGCACUGGACGAAUACAAAAGCACUAAGUUAGAUAUCAAUAAUAAAAUUUCAUUCGAUCGUACAAAUAUAUUAUUCAUUCUUUUUUUUUUUUUUUCUUUUUCUUUUUUUUCAAUUUUAUUUGAUUCUACGACGGCAAGGUAUCUCCUAAAAUCUGAUACGUAUAAACGCGUAAAUGGAAAAGCAUCGAACGUUACUUCCGUUUCUCCUCAAGUAUUGAAACUGCAAAAAAAAUUGGAAGAAAGAAGAGCGCUGAGAACGAAAAUGUAAAGAUAUUAAAAGAAAAAAAGGAAAUAAAAAAAAAAGGAUACAAGACAGUAUUCGAUCCAAGAAUCAUUGAUGAUGUAACUGAUAAAUGUUAUGCAGUAUGAUUUAAUAAACCGUGCUUAUCUAACUUGUCACGAAAAAUGAUUAUAUCAUGAUAGCGUUGAAAAACAUUCGUGAGAGAUCUAAUAAAAGGCUAGGUUAUGAAA